AUGAUCGACAUAAAUAGAACAAACAACGAUUUCUACUAUCGCUACAAGAUGCCUAGGGCUGUUGUCAAGCAGGAGGGAAAGGCCGGAAACACAAGGACGCUGAUAGUCAAUUUGGAGGAAAUUGGGUCUUCCCUCAAGAGACCGCCCCUGUAUAUUCUAAAGUUCAUGAGCUACGAGCUUGCGACAAGGACGGACGUGGGGAAGGGGCGGUAUGCUGUAAAUGGAAAGUACGAGUCUUCGAGGAUCCAGGACCUAAUAUACAACUUCAUCGAUGAGUUUGUGAUCUGCCCUUUCUGCAGCAACCCCGAGACGUUCUACAUCAACAGCGGCGGACUGUCUAUGGAGUGCCUGGCAUGUGGAAAAAGGUCAAACAUGAGGUCUUCUAAGCUCAGUGGAAUGAUCCUCAGGGAUGUGGAGAAGAACUCUCUGACCCGUGACGACUCCUACUUCAGCCCUGCAGACCCCGAGGACAGCGGCUACGAGGACGAUCUGAAGAGAUUAGCAGAGUCCGACUCGGAUAAGUCUGAGGAGAUUGUGAAUCUUCUGCGGUCCCGCGGACUAUCUGACGACAAGGUUGUGGCGAAGAUCCUACUAGUCGAUGGAGUACUUAAGAAAUGCAAAAGAAUAGGCGAGAUGAUUCCUCCAAAGACCUUGCUAAGCUCGAUUGAGGAGCUUGCUGAGAGUGGAGAAGAGAGAGGAAAGAUCCAAGGAUAUCUGAGGAUGCUUGAGGAGGAGAAGAUUUUCAAGAGGAGUGAGCUCUUCAAAUACUUUACAAGGCCCCAUGGGAGUAGAAAGAGGUCUCCUGAGUUCAAGAAGGAGGUAAGUGAGUAUUUCUCCAAUCAAUAA